AUGCGGAGCCGAAUCAGUCUUCCCCACGAUAUCUUGGAGGAAAUUUUGUGGCGCUUAGCGGUGAAAGAUGUGCUGCGAUUCAGGUGCCUCUCAAAGGGUUGUCGUGAUUUAAUCGACGGCCCUGAAUUCGUGAAGCUUCAUCUUUCCCACUCCCUCAAAACCAAUUCUCAUCGCUUCCUAAUCAUCCGCGAUUACGCCAAAUCCAAGCCCUAUACUCUCGAUCUCGACUCCCUCGAAAAUGCCCAAAUUAAGAAUACUGACAUAUUACCAGAUUUGCAAGUUGAUUCUCCAAUUAUAGGUUCUUGCAAUGGUUUGAUUGCCUUACGUAGCAAGAAAAAUGCAGACGCCAUUGUUAUCUGCAACCCAACAACAAGAAAGACCCGGGAAAUCCCUAAACAUCCCACUCUUCCUGCAUCUAACGUGAAUUAUGGAUUCGGGUAUGAUCCAGUUUCUGAUGACUAUAAGUUGGUGAUGUUGAUUCAACCCUACAAUAACAAGCAGAACUCUUCAACUAUAAGAUUUACAGCUUCAGAUUUUCUUGUUUCUGUCCAAAAAAACCUUGAUGGUGAAUUGCCUAGUUUGAAAAGAAUAUCGAUUGUAGAAGACUUUUCUGAUGUCUAUCCGGAGGACUUGCCUGGUCUUCCACCAGAUAGAGAAGUGGAGUUUUAUAUUGAUUUAAUUCCAGGCACUACACCUAUUUCUAAAACUCCUUAUAGAAUGGCUCCAACUGAGUUAAAGGAAUUAAAGGAGCAGUUGCAAGAGUUGUUGGAUAAGGGUUUCAUCCGACCAAGUGUUUCUCCGUGGGGUGCUCCUGUUUUGUUUGUGAGAAAGAAGGAUGGUAGCAUGAGACUUUGCAUUGACUAUCGAGAGUUGAAUAAGGUAACGGUGCGUAAUCGGUAUCCUUUACCGCGUAUUGAUGACCUUUUCGAUCAAUUGAAGGGAGCCCAAGUUUUCUCUAAGAUUGAUCUUAGGUCUGGCUAUCACCAAUUGAAGAUUAAGGCGGAGGAUGUCCCUAAGUCAGCUUUUCGAACCAGGUUUGGGCAUUACGAGUUUCUUGUUAUGCCAUUUGGUUUAACUAAUGCACCAGCUGCUUUCAUGGAUUUGAUGAAUAGGGUGUUUAAGGAUUAUCUGGAUAAGUUUGUUGUGGUCUUUAUAGAUGACAUUUUGGUGUCCUCUAAGAGUAUGGAGGAGCAUGGAGAGCAUUUGUGGUUAGUAUUGCAAAUUCUCAGAGAAAAGAAGUUGUAUGCUAAGUUUAAGAAAUGUGAGUUCUGGUUGGAUAGUGUGGCAUUUCUUGGACAUGUAGUGUCUAAGGAUGGGAUCUCAGUAGAUACUGAAAAGGUGAAAGCAAUUGUAGAAUGGAGUCGACCUACUAAUGCUAUUGAAGUAAGAAGCUUCCUUGGGUUGGCUGGUUACUACCGGAGGUUUGUGGAGGGAUUUUCUAGUAUUGCAAUGCCGAUGACUAAACUGACCAGAAAAGGUGCUAAGUUUGAGUGGACUAAGGAAUGUGAGAAAAGUUUCAAGGAGUUGAAGGAACGUCUCACUUCAGCUAAUGUUUUAAACGUUCCUGAUGGGAGUGGAGGAUUCACUAUCUAUAGUGAUGCUUCGAAGAAAGGUUUGGGUUGUGUCUUGAUGCAAAAUGGGAAAGUUGUGGCUUAUGCUUCAAGGCAGCUUAAACCUUAUGAGCGGAAUUAUCCUACACAUGACCUGGAGCUCGCAGCAGUGGUGUUUGCUCUCAAAAUCUUGAGGCAUUACUUGUAUGGUGAGAAGUGUGAGAUUUUCACUGAUCAUAAAAGUUUGAAGUAUAUCUUCACUCAGAAGGAGAUUAACAUGAGGCAACGAAGAUGGUUAGAAUUAUUGAAAGACUAUGAUUUAACCAUAAGUUAUCAUCCGGGAAAGGCAAAUGUUGUGGCUGAUGCAUUGAGUAGGAAGAAUCAUGGCAAUCUUGCAGCUCUUCUUACUUCUCAAAGGUCCAUUUUGGAUGAUUUGAUAAGGAUGGAGAUUGGAGUUAGGAAACAUGGCAUUGAAGGAAUGUUGGCUAGUUUGAGAAUUCAACCUACGUUAAUUGAGAGGAUUAAGGAGGCACAAUUGGUUGAUUCAGCACUUCAGAAGGUCCGAGCUAAUAUUGAAACAGGUGCUCCGUCUGAUUUUAGAAUCCAUGAUGAUGGUUCCUUGAGAUUUGGUGAUAGGUUAUGUGUUCCUAAUGAUGUAGAAAUAAAGAAAGUGAUUUUGGAUGAAGCACAUUAUUCUGGAUAUACCGUGCAUCCUGGUGGGACUAAGAUGUAUAGGGAUUUGAAGGAGACUUACUGGUGGAACAAUAUGAAGAGGGAGAUUGGUGAAUUUGUAGCACAAUGCAUUGUAUGCCAACAGGUGAAGUGGAGCAUUAAAGGCCAGCUGGACAGUUACAACCGCUUCCAAUACCAGAAUGGAAGUGGGAGCACAUCACAAUGGACUUUGUUUCUGGGUUACCUAGAUCACCUCGAGGCCAUGAGUCAGUAUGGGCAAUCAGAGAGAACCAUCCAAAUUGUCGAAGACAUGUUGAGGGCAUGUGCCAUUGAUAUGAAGGGUGCUUGGGAUGACCACUUACCUUUAGUGGAGUUUGCUUAUAACAAUAGUUAUCAGGCGAAUAUCCAGAUGGCUCCAUAUGAAGCUUUGUAUGGGAGGAAGUGUAGAUCGCCAGUGUGUUGGGAUGAGGUAGGUGAAAGAAAGCUUUUAGGCCCAGAAAUUGUCCAACAAACAGUUGACAAGAUUCAAUUGAUCAGAGAACGUCUCCGAACUGCUCAGAGUCGACAAAAGAGUUAUGCAGAUAUUAGACGAAGGACAUUGGAGUUUGAUGUGGGAGAUCAUGUAUUCUUGAAAGUUUCACCAACCAAGGGAGUGAUGAGAUUUGGAGUACGUGGGAAGUUAAGCCCUAGGUUUAUUGGCCCUUUUGAGAUUUUGGAGAAAGUUGGAGAAGUAGCCUACCGGCUAGCCUUGCCUCCAUCAUUGUCCGGUGUGCAUAAUGUUUUCCAUGUGUCGAUGUUGAGAAAGUUUACUCCUGAUCCUAACCAUGUGAUUGAAUUGGCACCUUUACCACUUAGGGCAGACUUGACUUACGAUGAACAACCAAUUAAGAUAGUUGAUCGUAAGGAGCAAGUUUUGAGAAGGCGGACCAUUCCAUACGUGAAAGUGCAAUGGCAUAACCACUCAGAGAGAGAAGCUACCUGGGAACUGGAAUCGAAGAUCAAGGAGAAGUAUCCUGAACUAUUUGAAACCAAUGGUACGUAA